UGGGGACAUUAUAUCCAUGCAGCGAAUGUUUUACAGAUCCGAAUAGAGUCGAGCAGCCCAUCACUAGACAGCACACAGAGGACAUAACACGUACUCUAUCUGGAGUCGAGAGACCAGUGCUACAUCCAGUUGUGGAACUAUUCUUCUUUCUCACACAUCUCACUCUGGAGUUGGAAGAAACCUGACAGAAUCCAGAAACUUGGGUCAACACUUUCGUCCCCAGGAUCAGGCCUGGGGACAAACACGCUGAGAAAACUCCGGUCCCACAGGUCCUUCCCUACACUGGAUUAAUUUGUGGUGUUGUUGACCUCAACGCUGAAAUGGAGGAUAAUUGGAUGAAUGUUAUCUGUCUUCUGACAUUUCUCCCUGUCUGCAGAGCGCAUGAUGAAGUUCAGGUUGUUGGUCAGACUGAACCAGUUGUUGCCACCGUAGGUGAUGUCAUCCUCCCUUGUACUCUGAGAACCUCCAGCAGCACCGUCAACGCUGUUGAGGAAAAAGUGGAGUGGCAGAGACUUGACCUCCAACCAAAAGAGGUGCAUUUCUAUCGUGAUGACUACAAUGUUGAACAGAAUCCGUCCUACAAAGAAAGGACGUCACUGUUUAAAGGUGAAAUGAAGAACGGGAACAUGUCCUUAAAACUGACCGGAGUGAAACUGUCUGAUGCUGGAAACUACACCUGCUUCAUUCCAACACUGAAGAGCCCUUUUCAAAAAGCCAUGGUUCAACUCAUUGUUGGUGAAGUAUCUCGGCCAGAGGUGUCUAUAGUUGGCAUUGAUGCCAUUGGAGUGGUCCUGGAGUGUGAGGCCAGAGGGUUGAUCUACAGACCUGAGAUGACCUGGCAGGACAGUGAUGGAAACAUCCUCCCUGCUGAUGGACCUACAGAGACUGAGACCGACUCAGCGGGUCGAUACAUUGUGAGAGGACAUGUCACCGUCCAGAGGACUGACAACAACACGUUCACCUGUAGAGUUCUACAGCAGCAGAUCAACCACACGAUGGAGACAGAGAUUCAUGUAAAAGAUCGAAUGUUUCCUGAGAUGUCCUGGAGGAGUGGCUGGAGGAGUGGCUGGAGGAGUGGCUGGUGGAGUGGCUGGUGGAGUGGCUGGUGGAGUGGCGUGGGGUUUAGUGGUCUGAUCUUGGUUCUGACAUGGGGUCCUUUUCUCUACAUCCUGAAGAGAAAAGGUCUACAGACACUGGUCUGUUGAAAAAAGGAGUAUUAAAGGAGAAACUAAAGGACCAAUGAGAUGUCAGCGCAGACGGAGAAUCCAUUGUUGAAUGUGACAGUCCAACACUGAAUCUGCAGAACGGCACUUUGCAAAAUGAUGCUGACCGUGUUGUCUAGGAAACGGAUGCCAGCUGCUCUUCCUGCUGGACCUGGAACUAUCUAAUAGGAUAUCGAUGUCUGGACAUGGCUCAGGGAAGAUGUUUUGAGCAGGGGGGGAUGACACUGGUUGAUCCUGUAGUGGAAUUGAACAGUUAUUACAGGAGCUUGCUCACCUGACACCCUCCGGCCCCUGGCUGCACCUAGAAAUUCUGUCCAUAAAAAUUACAAACAGAACCGGCG